UUUACAGUUGUCAGAAAGACAAGAAAUCACAGUAACAACUCAACCCAACCCUUCUACCUAUAUUCAUAAAUUAAGCCUUAAAUCUAAAAAGAUGAUUUCCAAAGAUCCGAAACCGGCUGAGAACUCCAACCAAUUGUUGGACUUCGUCAAGAAUUUGGUCCUUUGGCGCAAUUAUCGCGAGUCAAUUGUGGUAUUCACCGGCAUCCUGGUGAUUCUCCUGGACGUCGUGGCGCACUCGAUAAUCAGCGUGGUGAGCAUGGCGGGGAUCACAGUGCUUCUGGCAAGCAUUGGCACCCGCUGCAUUGGGAUACUUAUGCGAUCUUGGCGAAAGGAUGUGGGCCAGAAUCAGCCCUAUCGCCUGUACUGGCAGCCAAACUUAAACAUUCCUAGGGAGGAGGUGAUGCGUUUAGCCGGGAUUGGCGUGGAUCGUUUUAACGCGACCAUAAAUCAUCUAUUGGAAUUGUUUGUGGUUGAGAACUGGGAGAGAUCCUUAAAGUUUUUGGCCGUAAUGUGCGGCCUUAAUUUGCUGGGCGAUUGUUUUAAUGGCUUGACAUUGUUAAUUUUCGGACACGUGUUGCUUUUUACCCUUCCUAAACUUUACGAAUGGUACAAGCCAAAUAUCGAUAUUCAGAUCCAAAAAUUUCAGAAAUCCAAGAUGGAAAGUGCUGCGGAACCCAAACCUGAGAAUGGUGAGACUCUUCAAGGGGAAGAGAUCAUUUCAUAUGAAAACAAGGAGUCCACCGAUGGGCCUAUGCUAUAUAAGGUAUGCGAUAAUGCCGAACUUUUCGAACUGCUGGAGGAAGAGCACAGCAAGGGAUGUCGAUGCCGUGACUGUGAGCAUCAGGACUUGCCCAUCGAGGCCCACUAAAAAUUUUAAUUAAAGCUUUUCG